AUGAAUGGAGAAUCAUCAUCAUCAUCAUCAUCAUCUAACAAGAUUUCUAAAGGGAUUUCAGCCAUUGAUGCUACUGUUAACCUCACCAUCAAGAUACCAAAUUUGGCAUAUAACUCCAGAAAAGAUUUCUUGACCACCAUUGUUCCUGCUACUUCAUCAUCAUCAUAUAACUCUCCAUCAUCUUCAGCCUUUGUUUCAGCUCUCCAGUCACCUUACAUAUCUCCCAGAGCCACCACACCCAGUACAUUUACUCAACCUUCCACUCCGGUAUCCUAUUCUGGGUCUCACUCCGACGACAUUCCGAGCACUUCCUACACUCCCCCAUCGGAAAGAUACGAUUUUUCCGAUGCCACAAACCUCAAGAUUUCGGAUAAUACUACUAUUAACACAACUGCACCUCGUAUUUCCUUCUCAUUUCCAGUUCCUCGGAUCUCUUUGGCAAAAGGGUCUGUCUCGCCGGCUUCUAGUGCCAAACUGAGGAGCUGUGAUGUUUACAUAGGAUAUCACGGUCAAAACCCGAACUUGACGCGAUUCUGCAAAUGGGUCAAAUCGGAGCUUGAGCUUCAAGGGAUUGCUUGCUUUGUUGCAGACAGAGCCAAAUAUUCAGAUUCUCAGAGCCAUGAGAUUGCUGACAGGGUAAUUUGUUCAGUCACAUUUGGGGUUGUGGUUGUCACCAGGUUUAGCCUUUUGAAUUAUCUCACUUCUGAAGAAAUCAGAUUUUUUGCUCAAAAGAAGAAUCUGAUCCCAAUUUUCUUCGAUACCGAUCUUGAUGAGAUCACCAAUCUUGUUGCUCGGACUUCAGAUUGCAAAGAGGCGAUUGACGGGUUGAUGAAAUCCAAUGAGUUUAAGCUGGAAGCAAAUGAGGGUAAUUGGAGAAGCUGUGUAGCUAGAUCAGCUUGGAUUUUAAGGGGAAAGCUUGGUAGGAAGAGCUAUGUCGAUAAAGAAAUCGAAAACUUGGAUGAAAUGCCGUUUCCCAAGAACAGAUUUUUCGUUGGUAGAGAAAAGGAGCUUGCAGAGAUCGAAAGUGUGUUCUUUGGGUGUGGAAAUUUUGGAGAAAAAGAAAGCUCCCUGGUGGUCAUCAAUGGCGGAACACCAGGAACUUCUGAAGGACUUGCAGAUGAGGAAAGCGAAGGUGAAGGAAACAGAAAUGUAGAAUCUUGGAUUGAACCAGUGAUUGGGAGAAAUUCAUUGAAGAGGCCUAAAUACAAGAAAUCGAAGAGUGGGAAAUACAAGAGGUUUGGAAGCAGCUUGGUGUGCAUCAAUGGCGGAUCUGGAAUGGGGAAGACAGAGCUCGCAUUGGAAUUUGCUCACAGGUAUUCACAGAGAUACAAGAUGGUUAUUUGGGUAGGUGGAGAAUCCCAACAUUUAAGGCAGAAUCUAUUGAAUCUGUCUGUAAGUUUGGGGUUAGAUGUCAGUGCAGAUGCUGAGAAAGAAAGAGGGAGGAUCAGGAGUUUCGAUGAGCAGGAAACUGAAGCUUUUCGGAGAGUAAAACGAGAGUUGUUUCGCGAUAUGCCUUAUCUGUUAAUCAUCGAUAAUCUUGAAACAGAGAAAGAAUGGUGGGAAGGGAAAGAUUUAAGCGAUCUGAUACCAAGAAAUACUGGAGCUUCACAUGUGAUUAUCACGACAAGGCUUCCAAAAGUAAUGAACUUUGAACCAAUGCAACUUCAACCAUUGUCGUUAUCGGAUGCAAUGCUGUUGAUGAGAGGGAGACGGAGGAAAGAAUACCCAUCUCAAGAGGUCGAAAUUCUAGGAAAAUUCCAUCAGAAAUUGGGGAGGUUAAGUUUCGGGUUAUGGGUGAUUGGUUGUCUGCUAUCUGAACUCACUAUAUCGCCCUCGGCUCUCUUUCAAUCGAUCAACGAGAUCCUUUUAGACGAGGCUUCAUCUCAUUUAGACGAACCAUUUUGGGGAAACAACCGGUUUAUGCUCAAAGUUUUGAUCUUUUGCAUUACGAUUCUGCACGAAGCCAAUGGAACUAAGAAUCAUCUUGCGUUCAAGAUGCUUCUUGCGGGAUCUUGGUUCGCCCCAUCGCCCAUUUCUGCAAAUUUACUAGCUGCUGCAGCUACCCACAUGAACCCAUCCAGAAACAGAAUCAAGAAAUGGGCCAAGUGUAUGAAUUCGAGUUUCUUUUGUUGUUCGAGUUUCAUAAACAGCCAGAAAUGGAAAAGCGAAGAGGAUUCGGCCAUUGUUUUAGUAAAGCUAGGCCUGGCUAAAAGAAGCAACAGAUCGCCCGGAUGUUGGAUCCUGAUUCACCCGAUAACUCAGAAUUUCGCGAAAAGAAAAGGGGGUUUAGUGGCGGCCAAAGCAACCAUCCAAGCCAUAAGAAAGAUCGGAAACCCGAUGUUGAACUCAGACCAUCUUUGGGCUUCGGUUUUCUUAGUAUUUGGAUUCAAAUCCACACCACCAUUUGUGCAACUAAAAGCAGUCGAAAUGGUUCAAUUCAUCAAAAAGACAGCUCUCCCUUUAGCGAUUGGAGCAUUCACAACAUUCUCGAGAUGCAACUCGGCAUUGGAGCUACUGAAAGUGUGCGCAAAUGUUCUUGAAGAAGUGGAGAAAUCAUUUGUGUCACAGAUAGAGGAUUGGAAGAAGAAGCAGCAGCAGAGAAUGGAUGAGUACGUAUGGCAAGAUGUGACGCUGUUGAAGGCUAUAUUGCUAGAGACGAGAGCUAGAUUGUUAAUGAGAGGCGGGCAUUUUGAUUACGCAGAAGAGCUUUGCAGGAGGUGUAUCAGCAUCAGGACGGUGAUGCUUGGUCAUAAUCAUGCUCAAACUUUGGCGGCUCAAGAAACGUUGUCUAAAUUAGUUAGAAUGAGGAGUAAGAUAUGA